AUGGGGACCGGGGAAGAAACCCUCGUCACCCUUAGUGGUGGGGCGCCCUGGGGCUUCAGGCUACAUGGAGGAUCCCACCAAAACAUGCCGCUUCGAGUCGCCAAGGUGCGGAAGCGAGGGAAAGCUUGUAGAGGUGGGCUCCGUGAGAAUGAUAUCCUGUUGACCAUCAAUGGAAGAUCCUGCAGUGGAAUUUCACAUGCAGAUGCCAUGAACAUCAUAGAUUCUUCUGAUGGGACUCUGCGCAUCUGGGUCAAGAGGGUUUCGUGCAGCCCGGCAACUGGCAGCUUUCAAUCUGAGACCCGUCUCGCCACCGCCCCCUGUGAACGGAGCCAAGACUCUUCAAAAGCCCCCCGGCAGAUGCCGGAGCCCCCCAGUGUGAAGCAGGGGGUGGCCGGCGGCACCAGAGCGGUCCGGAGUCAGCCCGAGAGCUACACGUCGCCCCCGGAUAGCGAGGCUUACUACGGCGAGACCGACAGCGACGCGGACCACCCCGCCAGCGAAAGGCAGCGGAGGCAGAGGAAGCGCUGGCCCGCUCCCAGGACUCCGGUGCGGGGAUCGGCCGAUGAGGCGUCCGAACAGAGCGAGUACGACAGCGCCCCAGAGCCCGUCCGGAGCCCUCUGAACCCCCUGUCGCCGGAACCGGGAGCGUCCACCCGGCUGGACCUGCCCAGCCUCGCCCAGGGGGUGAUCCCAAGGAUGUUUCAGCCCCGGAAAGUGGAAGCCAAGAUUAACAUUUGGCAGCCCAAGGUGGAGGUGGCGACUUACCCCAAGCCCAGCCUCACCCAUCCCAUUCCCACCAACCCCACCACCAACCCCAACCUCAACCCCUCCUACCCCAACUUCAACCCCACCUAUGCCAACCCUAGCUAUCCCAACCCUUCCCACUCCAACCCCAACUAUGCUAACACCUCCAACCCCAUCUAUGCCAACACCUGGUCUGCCCAGUCCAGCGGUGAGGACAGUGCCCUCCGACAGGGCGUCCUGGGCACAUCGGAAGCUGACAGCGGGUUUCAGGAGGUACCCGCCCAAGCUGGCUCACCUGAGCAGAAGCUGCUGCCGACUGCCAGCGUGCCCAGCCUGAGAGAGACGCAGCUGGUGCCCAUGGUGGGCCCAGUGAACAAUCCCGUGGAUGAGGUGCUGACGACCACCUACAAACAGAAGGCCAAGCAAGCCAAGCUUCAUCGGAGUGAAAGUGUGCAGGAAAAGCAAGCUAAGGAAGCUAGGACAAAAUGCAAGACCAUAGCCUCUCUCCUCACCUCUGCACCCAAUCCUCACUCAAAGGGUGUUCUUAUGUUUAAGAAACGGCGUCAAAGGGCAAAGAAGUACACCCUUGUUAGUUACGGGAGUGUCGACGAGGAGAAGCAGAGUAUUGAUGAGGACGGAGAGCUGCUGCCAACCAGUGAGUCUGAAUUUGAUGAAGAGGCAUUUUCUGAUGCAAAAAGCUUGACGAAUCAGUCAAUGGGAUCAGAUUGGGACAGUUCUUACCUGAACAUUGAAAAGCCCAAAUCUGAGCCCCAGGGUUUAACCGAAACCAAAGGGAAGGGUGUGAUGUUAUUUGAACAUCAGAGACAACGAGCAAAGGAGUACAUAUUGGAGGAACCUCCAACUCAGACACAACACAGUCUGCAGAUAAAACCAAAGACAGAGGCUGAAGUGAUGAGCUACAGCACAAUGAAUGGAGACCAGACCUGGCCCAGGAGUACGGCUGUGGGUGCUGGGAAUCCGGCCUCGGAUACGUUAAACUAUUACACAGAAAUGAAUUUGUCGCCAAGGGUGCGCACGGAGACCAGUUUACCAAGACCGAGUGAACAGCACCAUUCACAGCAUGUUGUACAAGGUGUCCCUUGCCUUCCUGGGGUGGCAAAUUGGACAGCAAGACCAUUCACUCCAGGAUUUCAGCAGAGCCACGUGAGCCCUUUGCACUCAAUCUCUGCUCCAGUGCUAUAUCGGCGUAGUACUACAAGUGCAUCUCUUCCAAAGCCCUGGGAACAAGCUACUGGGCAAAACAAACUCACAAAACCUUUCUCACCUCCAUCAGCAGUAGUAACCAGGCCAACUGUCAAUGCAGUCACUCAGCCUGAACCAUUGAAAGCUUCAGCGCCAAUGAGAAUGGGGACCCCUUAUUCGCCGGCAUCUGCUGUGAUGUCACCACCGCCUGCCAUGAUGUCACCACCACCUGCAGUGAUGUCACCACCGCCUACAAAGGUGUUGCCGCCACCCACAGCGAUGUCGCCCUCACGCAUGGUGAUGUCACCUCUGCCUGCUGCGAUGUCAGCAGCAAUCACAGUCACCUUACCAUCGAGCACAGCGACGACAGCAGAACACACAGUGAUGUCACCAAACCCUGCGGCGAUGGUGUCACCGACCACGGCGACGUCACCAGACUGCACCGUGGCCUCACCACCAGCCGCAGUGAUGUCACCACCGCCUGCAGUGAUGUCACCACCGCCUGCGGUGAUGUCACCACCACCUCCAUUGAUGACAUCUCUACUCACAGCAACUCCAUAUUCAGCACCUCAAGCCCCAAUCACCAGCACUGCUACCUUCCGCAUUUCGUCAACAUUGCUGCCACAGAGAGAGAGUGGGGGCCUUGCUAGUGCUGUAGUGAACACUCCAUCCAUUGGGAGCACUUCAUCAACAGCUUGGACAGCCACCCAGCCAUCAGAGAGCCUGGCCACAAGAGAGCAAAGAAUUUCAGUGCCAGCCUCUAAAACUGGCAUCCUACAGGAGGCUCGUCGUAGAAGCACCAGGAAGCCAAUGUUUACAAAGACUGAACAGAAAAAAACCUCACCAAACCCCGAGCUUCUUUCCCUGGUACAAAACCUGGAUGAUAAAAAGCCAGACCACAUCGGAGCAGGAUUCGAAUCGGGCCCUGAAGAAGACUUUUUGAGUCUUGGCGCUGAAGCUUCCAAUUUUAUGCAGUCCCAGGCACGCAGGCAAAGUAUUCCCCCUCCAGUUGCCCCAAAGCCUUACUUAAAGCCUCAGUUAAUUGGUGGUGGCUCUCCUGUGGUGAAUGGAACCAACACACCAGCAACCCUGCAACUGAAAGGAAAGGGAGCAGAACUCUUUGCUAAGAGACAAAGCCGCAUGGAUAAAUUUAUCGUUGAUUCGGUGCCUACCCAUUCCUCUCAGCCAAGAGGACCUUCUCCCACUCCUUCCCUUCCUGCCACAUGGAAAUAUUCUCCCAAUAUCCGGGCUCCACCUCCCAUCGGUUAUAACCCCAUUUAUUCCCCGUCAUACCCAUUAGCGGCCAGCAAGUCGCAAGCAGCAUCAGCCCCCAAAACGGAGAAGAAGUGGAAGCCGACAGGGAACCAAAAGGUCGGAAUAAAAGCCAUUGAUUUCAUGAGACGUCAACCUUACCAAUUAAAUCCGGCCAUGUUCAGUUUCGAUGAAUCCAAUUUGAGGUCGCAGGGAUUUUCAGGAAGUGCUCCAACUGUACCACUCGGCCAACAAUCCUUUAUCUCCACAAAGCAAGUUCCUGUGAAGACAACAAGAGCCUGUGAGAUUAGACGCUUUUCAACCCCAGUGCCUACCAUCACUCCCACGGUCAUUGCCCCACGAUCAGCCACCACACUUGCUGAGCCCGUGUGGAUGUCCGCACCCAAUUGUCCUCCACCAGUAUCACCCAAAGUAUCUAAUAGCAAUGGGCUGGCUCCUCAAUACGGGAGGGCACCUGGAGAAAGUCCAGAGGUAAGCUUUGAAUCAUCACUGCUUCAAUUCUCACCUAAAGAAGAUAUGCAAGUGCAAAAGAAGGCAUCGAUUCCUGUUCCCAGGCCGAGGUUCUCAGCUGUGAGAGGUGGAAGCAGUACUCAUACAUGGAGACCUGGGUCACUCCAGCAGUGA